GGCUGACGGACGGCGGGCGGCGGCGGCGGCGGCGGCGCUGGAGUCGGCGCGGGUGCUGGCGCCAUGGAGGCCGAGCGGGGUCCCGAGCGCCCGCCUGCGGAGCGUAGCAGCCCGGGCCAGACGCCGGAGGAGGGCGCGCAGGCCUUGGCCGAGUUCGCGGCGCUGCACGGCCCGGCGCUGCGCUCUUCGGGGGUCCCCGAACGUUACUGGGGCCGCCUCCUGCACAAGCUGGAGCACGAGGUUUUCGACGCUGGGGAAGUGUUUGGGAUCAUGCAAGUGGAGGAGGUAGAAGAGGAGGACGAGGCAGCCCGGGAGGUGCGGAAGCAGCAGCCCAACCCGGGGAGCGAGCUGUGCUACAAGGUCAUCGUGACCAGGGAGAGCGGGCUCCAGGCAGCCGACCCCAACAGCAUCUUCCUCAUCGACCACGCCUGGACGUGCCGUGUGGAGCACGCGCGCCAGCAGCUGCAGCAGGUGCCCGGGCUGCUGCACCGCAUGGCCAACCUGAUGGGCAUUGAGUUCCACGGUGAGCUGCCCAGUGCAGAGGCUGUGGCCCUGGUGCUGGAGGAGAUGUGGAAGUUCAACCAGACCUACCAGCUGGCCCAUGGGACAGCUGAGGAGAAGAUGCCGGUGUGGUAUAUCAUGGACGAGUUCGGUUCGCGGAUCCAGCACGCGGACGUGCCCAGCUUCGCCACGGCACCCUUCUUCUACAUGCCGCAGCAGGUGGCCUACACGCUGCUGUGGCCCCUGAGGGACCUGGACACUGGCGAGGAGGUGACCCGAGACUUUGCCUACGGAGAGACGGACCCCCUGAUCCGGAAGUGCAUGCUGCUGCCUUGGGCCCCCACCGACAUGCUGGACCUCAGCUCCUGCACACCCGAGCCGCCUGCCGAGCACUACCAGGCCAUUCUGGAGGAAAACAAGGAGAAGCUGCCACUUGACAUCAACCCCGUGGUGCACCCCCACGACCACAUCUUCAAGGUCUACACGGACAUGCAGCAGGUGGCCAGCAGCCUCACCCACCCGCGCUUCACCCUCACCCAGAGUGAGGCGGAUGCCGCCAUCCUCUUCAACUUCUCACACUUCAAGGACUACAGGAAACUCAGCCAGGAGAGGCCGGGCGUGCUGCUGAACCAGUUCCCCUGCGAGAACCUGCUGACUGUCAAGGACUGCCUGGCCUCCAUCGCGCGCCGGGCGGGCGGCCCCGAGGGCCCACCCUGGCUGCCCCGAACCUUCAACCUGCGCACUGAGCUGCCCCAGUUUGUCAGCUACUUCCAGCAGCGGGAAAGGUGGGGCGAGGACAACCACUGGAUCUGCAAGCCCUGGAACCUGGCGCGCAGCCUGGACACCCACGUCACCAAGAGCCUGCACAGCAUCAUCCGGCACCGAGAGAGCACCCCCAAGGUUGUGUCCAAGUACAUCGAAAGUCCCGUGUUGUUCCUUCGAGAAGACGUGGGAAAGGUCAAGUUCGACAUCCGCUACAUCGUGCUGCUGCGGUCGGUGAGGCCCCUGCGGUUGUUCGUGUAUGAUGUGUUCUGGCUGCGUUUCUCCAACCGGGCCUUUGCACUCAACGACCUGGAUGACUACGAGAAGCACUUCACAGUCAUGAACUAUGACCCGGAUGUGGUGCUGAAGCAGGUGCACUGUGAAGAGUUCAUCCCCGAGUUUGAGAAGCAAUACCCAGAAUUUCCCUGGACGGACGUCCAGGCUGAGAUCUUCCGGGCCUUCACGGAGCUGUUCCAGGUGGCCUGUGCCAAGCCACCACCCCUGGGCCUCUGCGACUACCCCUCAUCCCGGGCCAUGUAUGCCGUCGACCUCAUGCUGAAGUGGGACAACGGCCCAGAUGGUAAGAGGGGCUCCCCAUCUCCUGAUCCAAACCAGCAGGCGCCCCCUCCGCCAGCCAGCCACAGCCUGGAGAAGGCAGGCAGCUGCCCCAGGCUGUCCUCUGGCUUGAAUCAGCCAGGAAUCUGGGUUGGGGAAAGCCCUGGCUUGGCCCACAGGAAGUGCCUGCGGUGCAGAGUCUGGAGGGGAAAGGCUGCGGGCUGGGCCUCUGAGUCGGGGGAGAGCUCACAGGACAGGAGACCCAUGUGAAAGGCACCCUGACCCCAACCCGCACCACCCUGGCCGGUCUUCCCUGUGCCAGACCCCCACACACUACACUGCUGCUGCAUAUCUACUUUUUUUUUUUUUUUUUUUCACUAAACUGAACAUCCAAGCUUAAAGGGCCAGGCUGUCAUCCCUAGGGCUGGAGGCAGCCCUGGCCUCUCCUAGAGAAGCAGAUGUCAGGCCAGGCCUCCCCAGCAAAGUCAAGAGACGCAAGUUCUAGGCCCGGCCUUGUCCUGCUCAUCCCCUGGGAAUCAGGGCCCAGGUUCAUGGCCUCCCAGCCUUUGCUGGAUCCCCAGGCCACUGUCCCUGCAGAGUGGAGGCCAACAAGCCUUCACACUCUGCUGCGCUCUUUGCCGUCAGGAAAGCAGGUGAUGCAGCCGCAGAUCCUGGAGGUGAACUUCAACCCCGACUGUGAGCGAGCCUGCAGGUACCACCCCACCUUCUUCAACGACGUCUUCAGCACCUUGUUUCUGGACCAGCCCGGUGGCUGCCACGUUACCUGCCUUGUCUAGGCACUCACUGUCCCCAAAACCUGUGCUUGGGGCAGGAUUCCAACCUCAGUUCUCUGAGCUGCUUCUGCAAAGGCCCCCAUGUCCCUCUCCACACCGGCCCUGGGCAUAGCCUCAGCCCCAGGCCUCUGUCCUGCCAAGCCAUCCUCCCGGCGCCACACUCCGGGAGCACAGCAUCCUCCUCUCACCUGUGGGUCAGAGCAGGACAGUGAUGGUGUCCCCAGGGCUGAGCACCGCCCCAGGCCCCGCCCUCACCCGUCACCACCAUCUGUGCACUGAUGAGUCUCCAGUUUAGCCAAGGGCUUCGUUCCUGGCAUGGAGAAUUUGUUCCUGGCUGCUGUGUUUCCAGGGGGUGCUGGGGGAAGGGUUCCGUGGAGCGAGACAAGGUGUCCUUGGGAGCAGGGUUCCACCGGGAAGCGUUUGGGAGCCCUGUAUCACACUGGGCAGGCGGGUUUCUCUUCCGGGGUCUCUGCUCUUAUGCAUCAGGACGACCCCGGGACGGCUGUGGGGCCCCACACUGCACCCACAGGGCUCUAUGCGACAGGGGCCCAGGAACAGCCUGAGGCCACCACCCAGCAAGCCCGCCUUAUCACCCAUUCCAGCUCACCCAGAACCUUCACCAGCAAACCUCCUGCAGAGGUCCUGGCAGGAGGCCACCGUCUUGUUACCGUUUCCUUUUCCGUUUGCUGAGGGUCACAGACUCCAAAAGGGAAAUCAGUAUCUGUCUUCCCAGUGGUUGCCCUGCUCGCCGGGCACUCCACGGGGUCCCGCCCUUGUGUGAGAUGGGCCAGGAUCCUUCGGCAAGGGGCGCCUGGGGCUGGGGCUGAUUGUGGGCGGUGGAGCGCCAGACAGAAAAGGAUUCCAAUGAGAACUUCAGGUUAAAGUCAGAUGCCACCUACCAGGGUCUACAGUCAAAAUGUUGGCUUUUUCUUAUUUUUUAAUGUAUGGGAGAAAAAUGUAAAAUUCCAGUUCUUUUCUAAUUAUGUUUCUGAAAUUAGGAGUCAGCUGCCAGCGUUUUUGUGUGGCUGCAGUGUGCCUCUGGGCCCAGCUCACGGGCAGUGGAUGGGCCUAACUGCCCAGGCAGGCGAGAGCUACUUCCAGAGCCUUCUAGUGCAUGGGAGGGCAGGGCUAGGUGUAGCGGUGUCUCCUCUUUGAAAUUAAGAACUAUCUUUCUUGUAGCAAAGCUGCACCUGAUGAUGCUGCCUCUCCUCUCUGUGUUGUCUGGGCCCCUGUUUAUAAGCACGCGUUACCCUUCCUGAGGGGAGCCAUGCUGUAGCCCCUGGAGGGCCUGUUGCAGGGGCAGGGCGGGCCCAUCGCCUUUGGCAGCUCCAGGAGAGCUGUUGACAUGCAGUCCCCCUCAGUUCGUGCUGCAAUAAAGGCCAUCUUCUCUUA